CCCGCCUGGCCUGGACAGGCCUGCGCUGGCUAAGUUAGACAAGCCUAGACACGGGAGAGAGCGCGGGACUUAAUCUCUGGUUCACAGAUUUCCGAGGCAGGACCUUGGUGUGGCCCCGCCCAUGGAGGCCGCAGGACCCGGGGCCUGGGCCUCUGCCACCUUAUCUCUUCUUCCUGACCUGGCCUGACUAUUGUCUAUCUAGGGAGACCUUGAGAUUUGGAGUCCCACAGCCUGUCUGCUUUUCCUCUACCCUGCUCAGAAGCUAUGGUUCACUCCCUCAGCCGUUCUGCUGGAGCUGAACUGACAGAUGAAGGUGGAACCUAGGUACCCUGGACCUCCUGGUCUCUUUGGAAAUGAAGGCCAUUGCUAUAUUCCUUGUCUUCAUCUUCUGCUGGACGACCUCCACCCUCAGCAGCUUCUGGCAGUUCCAGAGGAUGGUCAAACACAUCACAGGGCGCAGCGCCUUCUUCUCCUAUUAUGGAUACGGCUGCUACUGUGGGCUAGGGGGCAGAGGGAUCCCCAUGGACGCCACAGACAGGUGCUGCUGGGCUCACGACUGCUGCUACCACAAGCUGAAGGAACAUGGCUGCCAGCCCAUCUUGAAUAGCUACCAGUUCAGCAUUGUCAAUGGGACUGUGUCUUGUGGAUGCCCCCAGGGUGGCAGCUGCCUCUGCGGGCAGAAGGCCUGUGAGUGUGACAAGCUGUCUGCGUACUGCUUCAAGGAAAACCUGGACACCUACGAGAAAGCCUUCAGGAAGGUCUUCCUCAGCAAGCCCCAGUGUGGCCGACACAAACUCCCCUGCUAGGGAGGCCACCGUCCCUGUCACAUGGCACCUGCUCUAGACAUGGCCCUUCUGGAAAGCUGUCUCUGGCCACCUCUGACAGCUCCCAGGCUCCUGGAGCUCCACAUUGCUGUCCAGGGAGUGUCUUCUCUCUCAGUGCUGGGGUCUGGAAGUGAGACAUGGAGGAAUCCCUGCUCUGGAAACAGACCCUGGGUGCCUGGCAAUUAACUGACACCUUCCAACAGAAGUCUUCCUUCUGUAAACCUGCUGCAGGAAGAAGGCUGGUCUGGUGUCUCAGAAAGCCGGGUGCCAUUGCAACGAUGAUACUCACCACUGCCACAAGGAUGUCACGGCAAAGAUGACAUGAGGAAGUGGAGAGAUGAUGGGCGGUGGAUCUAAGGCACCCUAACUCUCCACCCCCAUUUCGAAGCCUCUGGUCCUGUAAGAACAGUAAACAGGGAAGGUCUCAUUGA